CAGUUUCAUACUCAACUCCAUCCUGUGCACUUGCUUUAAUUUCCUCUUCCAUCUGCAUUUCUUCCUAAAAUGGAGAAUUUGGGAAGCAAAGGCGAGAAAUCUGUGCCAUUAAAGGCUCUGAAGCUCUCCUCCGCAGCUCAGGUCGUGAUGCGCCUCGGCACCACCGCCCUGACGUUGGCCGCCACCUGGGCCACUCUCACCAGCAAGGAGACGGCGACGGUGUUCGGAAUCGAAUUUGUAGCUCGUUACAGUUAUUCCCCAAUCUUCAAGUUCUUCUUGAUCGCCAACAUCGCAGUCUGCGGAUUAUCUUUUCUGUCUGUGUUCCUAGUGUUCAUCCUGGACAAGAUGACUGAUGCCAGAAACUAUUUCUACAUGUUUCUGCAUGAUUUGAUUGUGAUGGCAUUGCUUCUAUCCGGAUGUGCAUCAGCAACAGGCAUAGGAUACAUUGGGAAAUAUGGGGAAUCACACUCUGGUUGGAUGGCCAUAUGUGACAACGUUACCCAUUUCUGCCACAAAAUGACACUUAGUUUGGCACUUUCUUACGUUGCAGUCGUCUUCUACCUGUGCCUAACUAUCCUCUCCGCAAACCAAUCCAGAAAAAUCCAUGUCUAAGUCGAUCUUCUAACUGAAACAAGCAGAUGAUGUUAAUUAUUGGAAAUGAAUGAAGUCUCAACAUCAGAGUGUGUAUGUAUCAAUGUAUGCUAUUAAUCAGUUACUGCUACUUAUUUUCGAUCAAUCUCUCUCUCUAUAUAUAUAUUGCAUGCUAAACACGGUGGUGUAGUAAUUUAAUUUGUUUGGUGUGAUCAUUAAAUUUAUGAGUUUCAUAUGUUAUGUCACACUUUUUCUACUUCAUUUCCAUAUUGCUCGUUACCAUUUCUUCC